AUGCAUGUACUUUGUAGAGUCAGUUCUCUCUUUCACCUUUACAUGAAUUCUAGGGUUUUAACUCAGGUUGCCAGUAUUACAUAGCAAGCACUCUGCUUUCCGAGGCACCUUGGAGAUUUAAAACUGUAUUGAAGUGUUGUUAUUAAAAGCUGAGAAGAAAGGAGGAUGCAGGAGAUCAAACACGAGGUCUUAAAUAUGCUAAGCAUGCACUCUACCCUGAAACUUUACUCUCAGCUACAAUCAAUAAAAUUUUUCAUAACUCAGUGCUUUUGGUAAUUUUUCAUAGUUAAGAGAUUUGGGUGUUUUUGGUUUGAUUGUGUCCAGAACCACCUGCAUGGUAGGCGAACAUUCUACCCCGAGCUAUCUCUCUAGUUCAGAAUUUCAUAAAUUGCCAAACAUUAAUAAGAAAUUAUAUGUAUUUAAAUUUUCCAUUGAUUUCUAAUUAAAAAAAACCCUUUUAAGGCAUAGUUUAAUCUUAUUUAGGUAAAAGCUAAAAAUAUUAAUAAAAUAGAAAUUAUGAUUGUUUUUAAUCUAUAAAAAGUUAGAUUUUAUUUUGAAGUCCUAACUUUUAUUUUAUACUUUAUUUAUUUACAUGUGUGUGUAUGUGUGCGUGCGCGCGCACGCCAGUGCACACGUGUUGUGGAGGUAGGAGGACAACUUGUAGGAUUCAGUUCUUUUCUUAGGACAUGUGGAUUCCAGGGAUCAUCAAGUUCACGUUUUUAGGCUUGCUCCAAGUUCCUUUAUGCACCAAACCAUCUACCACCUUGAUGGCUACUGAAGGGUCUUCACUAAAACAGUUAUUUGAAUUCAUUUUCCCAAUAGAAACACUGUAAUCAACAUGAGCAUGAAAUCUGUGCCUGACUCAGUAGCUGAAGUCGAGUUUUCUUUUUCUGCUAUUUUAGAAUCAGCUUGAAGAGGCAAGGAAACUUGGAGCUGUGAAAUGCAAGCUGAUCUCUUCAAAUAUUUUGUUUCUCUUUCAGAAAGGCAAGCUGAGAUAUAACUUGCUGCUUUUUGUGGUCACAUGGUGACAACUUAUAGAAAGUCAGAUCUGCAACUUGAUGGGUGACAGUUCCUUUCAACCAAAAGAUAAUUUAAAAAUGGCAGAACUCUUCAUGGAGUGUGAAGAAGAGGAGCUAGAACCAUGGCAGAAGAAAGUGAAAGAAGUUGAAGAGGAUGAUGAUGACGAGCCCAUCUUUGUUGCAGAGAUAGCAAGUUCAAAACCAGCAAUUUCAAAUAUUUUGAACAGAGUUAACCCCAGCUCCCAUUCACGAGGACUAAAGAACGGUGCACUUAAUCGAGGUUUUGCUACUUCAUUCAAGCCUACAAGUCAGCGCUUCCCUAAUCCAGCAUCAAAUCCUGUGGCUGCCUUGCCAGUCAGUUUUCAUCCUGAACCUAGAUCUUCAGAUAGCUCUGUUAUUGUUCAACCAUUCUCUAAACCUGGUUAUUUAACAAACUCUCCACGAGUUCUGUCUAAUAACUCUUCAGAGUUACUGUUUGACCUGACCCAGGAUACAGGAUUAUCACAUUACCAAGGGGGACCAGCACUUUCUAUUGCAGGUUUGAAUGAAAGUUCAUUUUCGUCAAAACGUCUUUCUGGUUCUGACAUAAGCAGUGUUAACCCAAAAAAGCCUAAAGCCAGUGACAGUAUUCCUGGAACAGAUGCCUCUUCUGUAGUCCCAGAAAAGCCCCCAUCAGUGUCGUCUCUGCAGGUGGUGACAUCGCAAGGUGUAAAUUGCUCAUCAAAUCAAUCUAAAAAUGGAACAACUUUUCCAAGAGCAUGUCCUAAAUGCAAUAUUCACUUCAAUCUUUUGGAUCCUCUGAAAAAUCACAUGACGUAUUGUUGUCCAGACAUGAUAAAUAACUUUUGGGGAUUGUCUAAAAUAGAAAUUUCAAAUACAGCAAACGAAGCCAAGACUAUUGAUUCAGAGAAAGGAAAAUUGAUUAUGUUAGUUAAUGACUUUUACUAUGGAAAACAUGAAGGAGAUGUUCAGGAAGAACAGAAGACUCACACAACUUUUAAGUGCUUCAGUUGUUUGAAAGUUCUCAAAAAUAACAUUAGGUUUAUGAACCACAUGAAACACCAUUUAGAACUUGAGAAGCAGAGCAGUGAGAGCUGGGAGAAGCACACCACUUGCCAGCACUGCUACCGCCAGUUCCCCACUCCCUUUCAGCUACAGUGCCACAUCGAGAGCACGCACACGCUCCUUGACUUUUCUACCAUUUGUAAAAUCUGUGAGCUGUCGUUUGAAACUGAACAGAUUCUUUUACAACAUAUGAAGGAUAAUCAUAAACCUGGUGAAAUGCCAUACAUCUGCCAGGUUUGCAAUUACAGAUCAUCAUUAUUUUCUGAUGUAGAAUCUCAUUUUAGAACAUCGCAUGAAAACACUAAGAAUUUGCUAUGUCCAUUCUGCCUCAAAGUUAUUAAAAUUGCCACACCCUAUAUGCAUCAUUACAUGAAGCAUCAGAAAAAGGGAAUACAUCGUUGUACCAAAUGCAGAUUACAGUUUUUGACGUGCAAGGAGAAAAUGGAUCACAAGACGCAACAUCACCGAACAUUUGUAAAACCCAAGCAGCUAGAAGGACUGCCCCCUGGAACAAAAGUUACUAUUCGAGCUUCAGUUGGACCUUUAACUUCAGGAUCUUCCACUACGCCUUUCAUCAGUGCAAGCACUUCCACCCUCCAGCUCUCACCUCCAAGGACUGAAAAUGUCACUUCCAAAAAUCCCACUAAAUUGAAUACAAGUACACCGAAUACAGCUGUAUCUGACUCCAGUAAACCUAACGAAAGCAAGCCUAAUGGAAGUAAAUCUAAGAACAAGUCCAAAGUCUGUACCACGCAGAAGAGACAGAGCACGGUGGCUAAUAGUAAUAGAAAAAGCCAAGUGAAUACAGCACUGAGGAACUUAAGGUUACGUCGAGGUGUUCACGAGUGUAUUGAGUGUUGUUCUGAAAUAAAAGAUUUUGCAAACCAUUUUCCUACAUAUGUCCACUGUAGUUUUUGCAGAUACAACACUAGCUGUAGCAAAGCCUAUGUAAAUCAUAUGAUGAGCUUUCAUAGUAACCGUCCAAGUAAAAGGUUUUGUAUAUUUAAGAAGCAUUCAGAAAAUCUCAGGGGCAUUUCUCUAGUGUGCCUUAAUUGUGAUUUCCUAACUGAUGUUUCUGGCUUAGAUAAUAUGGCUACACACUUAAGUCAACAUGAAACUCAUACUUGCCAAGUUCUAAUAGAGAAAGUUUCUGUUUGUAUCCCAGCUUCUGAACAUCUUUCUGAAUGCAGAAGCAGCCCAGAGAUUUCAAAACAUGUCCAGGGUGUAUCUGGACAGUGUCCCCUUCGAUGGACACAAGUGCUGCCUGUUCUCUCUUUCCCAGGAAUGAGAAUGAACUGACUGUGGGACCUGCUCUAGGUUCUGACCUGCCAUCGGGCUGAGGCUGAUUAGGCCAGAGGCAGCCUCAAAGCCCACCAAAUUGAGCAUGGUCCCAUUGGUGGCUUUGGCUCUUGAUCUUAAUCUUGUGGGCCACUUGUGAACAAGAAAAGCCCAUCAAAUUAAUGCUUUGAUACCCAAAUUAAAAUUGGGUCAUUUUGGCUGCUACCCUUAAAUGUUCCUCUAGCACAAAGGCAGGCAGUCCAGGACACUGAGACACCCUGGUUGCUGGAGGAUAAUGGCAGUGUCUAGUCCUCAGACAACAUUUCUCAGUGACAUGUUCUAAAAUUGCAGUUAUUUUUACUGUCACUGAAAAUCUAUUGUCCCAUAUUAACUAUAAUUUUAAUAUAAUUCUCAGAUUCUAUUUUUUUUAAUUAAGUUAAUUCUGAUAGCUUGAUUUUCUGUUCUCUGAAUUUAUUGAUGUCUGUCUUUCUAUUCUCUAAUACUUGAAUGUUUGUUUCAUUUUGUCCAGAACUUCAAAAGUUCAUGUAGGAUGCUUGUUUGUGGCUUUUUAAUUAAGGUGUUGCUUAGACCACUAUGUCCUCUUCCCUAGUUGAGGGUUAUUAAUCUAAGUAAUUGUGAGUUUUAAGGUGUAACAAACUGGUGAGGCUUCUUGAAGAUUCUAAAAACAAGUUUUAAAGUAACAUUUAAUUGAUAAGAAAUCACUGCUGAGUCAUUAACAUCAUAUCCCUUUGGGUAAAAGUAAGAUUAUUUAUAUAGUGUAACCAGUAUCCAUGAGCUUUUUCCUACUUAACCUUGUAACUUUUUAUCUUAGUUAAAUUGAGUUCAAAUCAAUUGUUUUGAUCUAUUAUUUUAAUAAAUCUUAUAUUAGUCUCAGAAAUUAUUUCCUAAUGAAUAAUUUCACAUAAAACUAAAUUUUAUCCUGCAAAUAGGAGCAUUAACUUCUGUAUGGAGUCUGGUUGAUUGACUUGUCUACUGAGAGUAUAUCCACUUAGUACAUUUGUGUUCCCCUCAGCCCAGCUAAAAGGCCUCUGUUCUUGCAGCACUGAUUUUGUGGAUUUUGGAAACAAACGAAGUGCUUGUUGUGGUCUUAACAGUUAGAAUCAGCAGGCUCUGAAAUUACAGUUUAAGGCCUAUUUUUCUUGCAUUUUAAAAAUAUGUAUUUACCCACCCCAAUAGCAGAGCUUUAUAUGUGCUUUUAGAGCAGAGAUAAAGCCAUUUUCAGAUGACUACUCUUUGUUUUCUGUUUCCUUGCAAUUAACAAUAAAGAGGUGAAUUCCAUAUUAGUUUUAAGCUUCUGAACAAUUUUAUACUAUACAUGAAAGCAUUUCUAAAAUCCCUAACAACAGUUUGUUGUUUUGUGGUGGAUUUGAUACACUAGUCUUUAUUGCUUUAUAAUUUCUUUUAAAAAUUGACCAGGAAAAAAAAAUGGCUUGUUUUCAUUUAACAGUAAUUGUCUAUCAUUUUCAGACUAGAGAAUCUGUUCUUCCUUGGUCAUGGUUGAGUAUUUGCAUAUUCUCUCCUCUUCCACAGAACUGUUGUUUAAAAUGUGCACCAAGUUCACUUUAUCUGCCUUUUUUCUUUUUCUUCCCAUUUUCCCCAAUUUUAAAUGAGACAGUUUUGCUAUGUAGUUUAUUGGAACUCAUCGUCCUGCCUCAGCCUUCCAAGUGCCGGGAUUACAGGCAUGGUCAUAAUACCCUGCUACAUUUUUCUCUCAAAGUUCUGACAAAUGUAACUUUAAAAAAAAAAAUGCUUUAAAGCAACACAAAACUUUAUAGGCAGUUUAUAAAUUUGUUUAGUACUUAUCAGCUCUUUAAUUCUAACCUGACUUUACUGUUAAGUUUUAAAAAGUAGUUUAUAUACUGGUCAUAUAAAGCCAUCUCAUGCCUAUGUGCUUUGGGGUUACUACUGAAUAAAACGUAGUUUGUACACUGAAUCCAUUGCCACUCUUAGAUUUGUAUAGUUUUGAAUUCUUAACGUUUCUGGAACAGCAUCCUGUCUCUUAUACUUCAUUUAUUCAUUCAUAAAAUAUUUAUUGAAUAUGUACUUUAUACCUGGCUCUUUUCUGUGUGCUAGAAAUAGAGACUGGAAUUGCUGCUCUCAGGGAGUUUACACUUUAGUGGUAAAAACGGGCAAUUAAAAAGUAAAAUAAACAACAUGCUAGACUGUGCUUAGUAUUAGGAAGAAAAGUGAAAUAGGGUUAGGGGAUAAAGGAAAUACAAAGUGAGAUUUGGAAGGGGGUGCCAUUUUAGUUUUGAUGAUCAGAAAAGACCCCACUGAGAGACAAUAUUUGAGUAAAGACACAAAGUGGGUGAGGAAAUAUAAGGUCUGGGCAUUAACUUGGUUAUGCCUACAUGUCUUUUUUUUUUUUUUUUUCUUUAAGAGGAGUUGAAUUCAGAAUCUGACAUAACCCUCUUCCCAAAAAUAGUAACAGGAUGCUUGAUGUUGAGAAAUUAAAUGCUCAUUUUAAUCUUGGAUCACUUCAAUACUACAUGUAUUCUUAUAAAAAGUAUCCUCUUAUAUAUUUAUAAAAGGUGACUGGCUCCAUAUGUGAACUGUAUAACUAAUGUUCAUAAUUUAUACAUGAUCUGGGGGAAAAUCGUCCUAGAGUCAAAUAAAUCAAGGAAAUGUAGGUUAAAAUUAGCUUGAUGUGAUGGCACAUAUCCUUAGUGCCAGCACUUGGGAAACAGAAGCAAAUAGAUCUCUGUGAGUUCCAGGACCUUGUCUCAAAAAGAAAUGAAAGAGAAAGGGGGGGCGGGGAGAAGAUUAAUUAGUGUAUUGUUUUUGAUUCUAUAGUGAAUGUCUUAGAGAAUAUUGGCCCACUUUUCCUUCAGUAUUUAUUUGACAUUAAUCUCUAGAUGUUAAAAUCUAAUAAAUCAUGUAAAAUCCUUAUAUAUAGAUUUAUCACUUUUUUAAUUAGAUCUAAAAAAUAAUUUGUAUAAAUAGUUGGCUUAGGAUUCCUAGAAAAUGUUCCUGAAUCACAUAAGGUGUAGUGUAUAAUUAAAUACUAGCAAGUACAUGUGUACUCGCCCACUUACAUCAGGAAAAAUGAUAUCCUCAUUUAUAAAAUCAAAGUAGUACAUAACAGAGGCAGAACAAUUAUUAGCUAAUUCUGCCUCUGAUUGUAGGCACAAAGGAUGCUGUUAUUCCAGAGCAUGGUUACCUUAGUAACCAUUUGAAACUAUUAUUAUUUCUAGACUUUAUAUCAUUUGUUAAGAAAUUUCUUUAAUAUUUUUUUUCCUUUAUAAAAUUCUGCUUCCUCCCUAAAUGGCUUCCAGAACUGGUGCCCAGCUCCAUAUUGAACUUUCUCAGACCCUCAAACAGAUUCUGUGAUGUAAGAGUGUAGGCUUUGUAGUAGAUUGCAGAGUUUGGAAUUCUUGCCUUGUUUACUAGAUAUGAGUGUCUCUAGUUACGUUACCUGACAUUUCUGCCCCAAUUCCUCAUUCUUAAAAUGUAAAUCACAAAAGAGGCUAUGUUCAAAGGUUGAGGGAUUUAAAGGAAUUAGUAUAUGCUUAUGGUCUCUGAAAGUGCGGAGUAUACAGGAGGCAGUAUGAAAGUGACUGUGUGAUUGUUCCUGUUGUGAUGUUAGCAUCCAUAGUGUUAUUUCUGUCUGCAUUUUACUGAAAGAUAAUCACCCCGAUGUUCAACCCGUUUUUCAUUUUAGCCCACCCAUAUCAUUUCACAAAACAUUGCUGCUAAUUCUCUUUUCUUACCUGUGUACAGAGUUAAUGUUGCAGAAUGUGUCAGCCACACCAUCAGAUUCUGGUAUUUAAGUGCACUACAUUAUAUUUUGAGGGAAUAUUUAUGAAUAUUCUAGGUUCGUUUUGAUAAUACUGUCUUUUUAAAUUUUAUCACAGUCUUCCACUAAACUAUACUGCCUUGUAACUUAAUACUUUAUACCCCAACUCAUACAUUCAGUGCACUUGUGAUUUUUGAGAUCCUUCAGCCUUACUCUUACCAACUUGGUAUUUGACUACUUGGAGAGGUUUACUGUUUCUUUUUGUAUCUUUGACUGAAAUAGGAGACCCUAGUGAUUUUAAUCUUCCACACUGAGAAUGUGUUUAUCUACACCACUAUGACGGAUGGUGCUGAUGAAGGAAUGUCUGCCUGAAAUAGACAGAUACAGGCUUAGAUCCUAGUUAAAUAUACUCUAGCUCAGUAAAAUUUAACCCUUGCUAAGCUUCAGGUUUCUCAUCACUAAAAGAAACAGUAAUUCUUUGUAGGACAGCUAUAACACUGUGUGGAAAUCAGUGGGUCGUGUUACUAACUCCAAUAAUUUACUUAAACGUUUCAGUUCUUUGGCACAGUCUGGGGAUACUCGGCACUUAGUAAAUGUACAUUGCUGCUACUGCCUCCUCUGCUGCUGCUGUCUCUGCUUCUGCUCCUGCUGCUGCUCCAGCUGUUUCUUCUGCUGGUGCCAUUAUUUCUUGAUGACAGGAGACCCUGGCGACUGGAUAUCUGUGGAAUCUCAUGGUUGAAAGUUUUAGUGACAGUCCAUCUGUACUGUAGUUAUUUACAGUUUUGACUUACAGUUCAGUCUUGCAAUAUGUUCUUCUCAACUACUGGUGAAUGGUAUCACAGUGCUUUAAUUAAAUAUUAUGAAAUUUUCUGACACCAGAACUGAGUGUGAUUCUGCCUGCUUUGUGUGAAGACUAUGUAACAACAUUGCCUUAUUGAAAUCUAGUACAGAGCCCUCUCUGCUUAGAAAGACAACAGUCCUUUUAAACUGACAUUUCCUUCUUAAAGACAACCUUUUUAUUAAUUGAUUUCAAGUAGGCAUUUUCAAAAUUCUCUGGCUGUUUAUACAACCCAGUUUUAUAAAAAUACAUUCAUUGUACUAGUUAGCAGUAAUGUUGUUCUUUCUUUUGUAGCACUGAAGUAAUUUUGGAAAGUAGUACCUGUUUCUCUAGUGUUAGGUCAUGCUGAACUUAGGCAUGAAGUUGCUGUUCCCCUUUUUUCUGUCUCCUCCUUCUGUGUUCUCCAGUGUGCCUGUAUAGACUCACUAUAAAACAGAACUGAAGUCAACUAUUGUUUUUUCUGAGAUGCUUGUCCUCCUGAAAAUGUUAAGAAUAGAAAGAUGAGUCUCUUACCAGGUGUGGUGGUGCACGCCUUUAAUCCCAGUACUCAAGAGGCAGAGGCAGGCAAAUCGUUGAGUUUGAGGCCAGUCUGGUCUACAUAGCGAGUUCUGGGCAAGCCAGGACUGCAUAGUGAGAUUCUUUCUCAAAAAUAGAAAAAGAAAGAAAGAAAGUCUCUUAGCCUUCUUCAUAGCAGAAGGACCUGUAGUAAACUAUUAUCUGUAACUCAAGCUUGUAAAGAGAAUAAAGCUUGUUCAGUGAAUAAAAUAUCCUACAAAGUACCUUAUGAAAUAGUCCAGUACUUGCUUAGUUCUGAGCAUGGUUACUAAGUCUGUGCUAAGUAUAAAGCCCGCUGUCUUACUGCUGUGUGAAGGCUACUCUAGUUUCUUCAAAUUAGGUUGAAAGUUGUCUUUGUUUUGAAGAUUUAAAUGGUAUAAAAUGCAUUUUCAGAUACAAAUAUGUUUAUUAUACUUUAUUAACCCCUCAAAUAUAAAGACUAUGAGGAAGGAAUGAAAAUUGAAAACUGACUUUUCUUCAAUUCCUUUCUCUGGUUUCAAAAUUACUGAGUACUGGGUUUUAUGCUUAGCACCAGUGGUACUCAGUAGCUCUUUCAUGGUGCGAUAUAGGUAAUUUCCUGUGUACUCAGGACACUGAUGCUAAUGACCCCCAAGACUGUGUCAGGAAUUGGACUUGGAAACAUAACUGAAAGGUAUGCUGUGUGGCACCAAGAUAAUAUAAAAAUAAAAAGGGAGCCAGAACAGUAAACAGGAAGUCUGCAAUAAAUCCAUGUCCUCACAGGGACACAUGGUCAGCUGAUUUCAUAAUUACUCAAAUAUUUCAUACCACAUAUAAGUCACAUUGUAUGAUUUUUGUGUAAUACUACAUCAGAAGGAACCCAAAGUGAAAUGCCAUUUUGUUAUAUUACUGUCAGCUAAAUCAGUUAUCAUUUUUCAUGUGUGCAAAUAGUAAAUUUUUCUUGGUGGAGGCAACCUUUUUCUUUAAGCCUUACAUUUGAAAAUACUGUUUUGGUUAAAAAGCACUCUUA